ACGUGAGGCCGCCGCGCCCGCGGCCCAGCUGAGCGGGUCUGUGCCGUGCCGUGCCGUGCCGUGGCUUGCGGGGCCGUGCCGUGGGCCGGGGUUCUGGCCGCGAUGCUGGCGCUGGUGGCGCGGCUGCUGGACUGGCUGCGCUCGCUGUUCUGGAAGGAAGAGAUGGAGCUGACGCUGGUGGGGCUGCAGUACUCGGGCAAGACCACGCUGCUCACCGUGCUAGCGUCAGGGCAGUUUACAGAAGAUAUGAUCCCUACAGUAGGCUUCAAUAUGAGAAAAAUAACAAAAGGAAAUGUUACUAUAAAGGUUUGGGACAUUGGAGGACAACCAAGGUUUCGAAGCAUGUGGGAACGCUAUUGCAGAGGAGUCAAUGCAGUUGUUUACAUGGUGGAUGCAGCAGACUUAGAAAAAGUGGAAGCUUCAAAAAAUGAACUGCACAACUUAAUAGACAAGCCACAAUUGCAUGGAAUCCCGGUGUUAGUCCUUGGAAAUAAAAGAGAUCUUCCAGGUGCACUGGAUGAAAAGCAGCUAAUUGAGAAAUUAAACCUUUCAGCCAUUCAAGACCGAGAGAUCUGCUGCUAUUCUAUUUCCUGUAAAGAGAAGGAUAACAUAGACAUAACAUUACAAUGGCUUAUUCAGCACUCCAAAUCAAGACAGUUUUGAAGAAAGCUUUUCCUGAAAAUACUUUUCUUUCGAAAUCAUGCUGAUCCUCAGCUGCUAUACACUACUGAAAGGAUAAAAGCAAAACUGCAUACUACCAGGACUCACCUUGACCAGAUUCAUUAACAAAACAAAAAAAAAAACUUCAGUGAAUUAGGGCCUUUAAAAAUAAAUCCAGAUUUUGUCUGUCUGUGAGAUUCCUACACGCCUUAAUAUGGGACUGAAAAAAAUUGGUACUUUUUCUGAGCUGAAAUGUUUUGAGUUUAUGCAUGUGAAUUGUCAAAUAUUUAGUAACACUUUUUUUAAUUUGAAGCUGAAUAAACUGCUCGGUUGAAACUGA